GGGAGGUGGCGGCCUAGCCCAAUGGGUGCGUGCUCCCGAGGAGAGGGCGGAGGAGAAAAGGAAGCAAGCGGGCUGCGGGCUGCGUCCCCAUUCAUUGCAGUGGUCUGCUGGGUUGGGGUCCAGUGUUUCCGGAGUCAUGGAGGCGCUGAUCCCGGUCAUCAAUAAGCUGCAGGACGUCUUCAACACGGUGGGCGCCGACAUCAUCCAGCUGCCUCAGAUUGUCGUAGUGGGAACUCAGAGCAGUGGAAAGAGCUCAGUGCUGGAAAGCCUAGUGGGGAGGGACCUUCUUCCCAGAGGGACUGGUGUGGUCACCCGGAGACCUCUCAUUCUGCAGCUGGUCCACGUUUCACCAGAAGAUAAAAGAAAAACAACAGGAGAAGAAAAUGGUAAAUUUCAGAGCUGGAACCCUGCUACAUGGAAAAACUCAAGACACCUUUCUAAAGGAGUUGAAGCAGAAGAAUGGGGUAAAUUUCUUCACACCAAAAACAAGCUUUACACAGAUUUUGAUGAAAUUCGACAAGAAAUUGAAAAUGAAACUGAAAGAAUUUCAGGAAGUAAUAAGGGAGUAAGCCCUGAGCCAAUCCAUCUCAAGGUUUUCUCGCCCAACGUUGUCAACCUGACGCUUGUGGAUUUACCAGGAAUGACCAAAGUACCUGUAGGUGAUCAGCCCAAGGAUAUUGAGCUUCAAAUCAGAGAACUUAUUCUUCGGUUCAUCAGUAAUCCCAAUUCCAUUAUCCUUGCUGUCACUGCUGCAAAUACAGAUAUGGCAACGUCAGAGGCACUUAAGAUUUCCAGAGAGGUAGAUCCAGAUGGGCGCAGAACUCUAGCUGUAAUCACCAAGCUUGAUCUCAUGGAUGCGGGUACUGAUGCCAUGGAUGUAUUGAUGGGAAGGGUUAUUCCAGUCAAGCUUGGAAUAAUUGGAGUAGUUAACAGGAGCCAACUGGACAUUAACAAUAAGAAGAGUGUAACUGAUUCAAUCCGUGAUGAGUAUGCUUUUCUUCAAAAGAAGUACCCAUCUCUGGCCAACAGAAAUGGAACAAAGUAUCUUGCUAGGACUCUGAAUAGGUUACUUAUGCAUCAUAUCAGAGAUUGUUUACCAGAGCUGAAAACAAGAAUAAAUGUCUUAGCUGCUCAGUAUCAGUCUCUUCUAAAUAGCUAUGGUGAGCCCGUGGAUGAUAAAAGUGCUACUUUACUCCAGCUCAUUACCAAGUUUGCCACAGAGUAUUGUAACACUAUUGAAGGAACGGCAAAGUACAUCGAAACUUCUGAGCUAUGUGGUGGUGCUAGGAUUUGCUAUAUUUUCCAUGAGACUUUUGGGCGAACCUUAGAAUCUGUUGAUCCACUAGGUGGCCUUAACACUAUUGACAUCUUGACCGCCAUUAGAAAUGCUACUGGGCCCCGUCCAGCUUUAUUUGUGCCUGAAGUUUCAUUUGAGUUACUGGUCAAACGUCAGAUUAAGCGUCUAGAGGAGCCCAGCCUCCGCUGUGUGGAGCUGGUCCACGAGGAAAUGCAGAGGAUCAUUCAGCACUGUAGCAACUACAGCACACAGGAACUGUUACGGUUCCCUAAACUCCAUGAUGCCAUAGUUGAAGUAGUGACUUGUCUUCUUCGUAAAAGGUUGCCCGUGACAAAUGAAAUGGUACAUAACUUAGUGGCAAUUGAGCUAGCAUAUAUCAACACAAAACACCCCGACUUUGCUGAUGCCUGUGGGCUGAUGAACAAUAACAUAGAGGAACAAAGAAGAAACAGACUAGCAAGAGAACUACCUUCAGCUGUAUCGCGAGACAAGUCUUCUAAAGUUCCAAGUGCUUUGGCACCUGCCUCCCAGGAGCCCUCCCCUGCCGCUUCUGCCGAGGCUGAUGGCAAGUUAAUUCAGGACAACAGAAGAGAAACUAAAAAUGUUGCAUCUGCAGGUGGUGGAAUUGGAGAUGGUGGUCGAAUUGGAGAUGGUGGUCAGGAACCGACAACAGGCAACUGGAGAGGAAUGCUGAAAACUUCAAAAGCUGAAGAAUUACUUGCUGAAGAAAAAUCAAAACCAAUUCCAAUUAUGCCAGCAAGUCCACAAAAAGGCCAUGCUGUCAAUUUGCUAGAUGUGCCAGUUCCAGUUGCACGAAAACUGUCUGCCCGAGAACAGCGAGAUUGUGAGGUUAUUGAAAGACUCAUCAAAUCAUAUUUUCUAAUUGUCAGAAAGAAUAUUCAAGACAGCGUCCCAAAGGCAGUAAUGCAUUUUUUGGUUAAUCAUGUGAAAGAUACUCUUCAGAGUGAAUUAGUAGGGCAGCUGUAUAAGUCAUCCUUAUUAGAUGACCUCCUGACUGAGUCCGAGGACAUGGCACAGCGAAGGAAAGAAGCAGCCGACAUGCUGAAGGCAUUACAAGGAGCCAGUCAAAUUAUUGCUGAAAUCCGAGAGACUCAUCUUUGGUGAACAGAACUGUUUGGUAGAACACUUUGCUGACUUGAACCUACUAGCUACUGCCUACCUGAGUAGAAGUUUAUUUAUGGACUUUUGUGUAUCGCAGUGUAUGAAUUUGCUUGUGUGAAGACUGGCUAUAAGCUGAAAAGUAUAUUAUUCAUUACAAGACAAAUCACAUGUUUAAUUCACAUUUUUCAAGUUUCCUAUGAUGUAUAUCAAGUCUGUCCGUUUCAGUCAAACUUACAAGAACAAUUGAUGUUCUAGUUGUACAAAGCAGUUUGCCUGUGCAUAUGAUGACCCGCGUAACCUUUUUUUAGUCUUAAAGCUGCAGCCGUAGUCCUCAAAGAGGAAGCUCCAGGACAUUUCAUGACUAUAAUGCAUGCACUAUUUAUAUAGACUGACCUGGCUUCAAAAGGUGGAGCCUGGCGAGUUCCUCACAUAAUCAAUGUAUCCACCUAUCCUUCAUUUUUAUAGUCUUAAAAAACAAACAAAAUUCUGUAACUUCUGCAGUUUUAGGAAAAAUUUAAGAUCUGAAAGACUCAUAAAGAUGUAGGAACAGACUGUGUAAUUAAUGGCUCCUGAGUCUAUAUGCCCUAAUGUUAGAAAGUAAAAUAUGCUUUGAUUCAAAAUAAGCCUGAAAAUAUAAAUUGACUUCCUGCAUUAAAAACAACUAUUAGGAACUUUCUUAGUAACAAUAACUGGUCCUGUUAGUUUCUAAAUGACUCAGUGACAACCUAAAUUUCCCUAAUUUACAAGUACAUCGAUUGCAGUCCAGAUGCACCUUAGGGUGGGGCGCUGACACUGGGCUCCGAGACUCAGUUAUGUGAGACCUAAAAGUCUACUCUGUAUCCACUGGUAAUGCUACUUUAUAGUUCCACGCCAACAGAAUACACUUGUCAAAGAAAAAUACCUGGACAUACACAUACACCUAAAAGCUUAUGGACUACUAAACUGUAUUCAGGGGUUGAGGAUUUACAACCUAUUUUGUGAAAACUGCCUGUGCAAUUCAAUUUCUGACCUAGCUGGGCAGUGGUGAUGCACACCUUUAAUCCCAGCUUUUGGGAGGCAGAGGCAGGUGGAUCUCUGAGUUCAAGGCCAGCCUGGUCUACAGAGUUGAGUUCCAAGACAACCAGAACUACACAGAGAAACCCUGUCUUGAACCCCCCUCCCCCCAAAAAAUUGAAACCUAAGUAGAAAUCUUUGAUGUAUCUAGUUUUCUCUGACCAAAUGAUACAUUUGUGUUAUAAAUACUAAAAUUCUUUUCAGGUCAGGCAUCUUAUGAAAUACUAUUAGCAAGGAAAACAAGAACAUGUUAUCUUUAGUUUAGAUGCCCAUUGAACCAUCUCAAAAACAAAGGCAGUCUGAUAACAGUACCAGCUUGACAGUGAGUAUACACUGCCUAAAUGUGUUAGCAUACUUAAGAAAAAUAUCCUGUUAUCUAUUAGGUAUCCAUGGUUUAUUUUUUAAGAGAGAUGACCACCACUGUAGCCUUUUGAAUUUGUAAAGAGAAAGAAUGCACCUUUAUCCAACAUUUCAAAUAGAUUUUAAAAGGAAGAUGUUAGCUUUAAAAACGUGCUAUGAUAAUGUACUUGUUAGCACUACACACUUUGUACAAAGAAAAACAAGCAAGAAAGGUAGGGAAAUGAAAGCUUCCUUUGUGUGCUUUUACACUGAGCUGUGUUCUGAAACAUGGAGAUAAUUUAUAAGACCACUGUAUGUUCUAUGUAAAUAAAAAUGCUGGUGUGAAAUGGCAUUACGGUUUGCCAGUAAGUGAAUUCUUCCUGACUUGCCGUAAGAGAGAGGUUUAAAUAGGUGCAUCUUUGAAAUAUCUGAAUCUACUUCAUAAUGGAACGAUUUAAAUUGUACUGCACCAAAAGUUUUAUGCCAUUUUUUAAUUAGAUAAUCACCACCGAAGCCUUGUUACAUCGUUGUGUCUACAGAUGAAGACAGAAACUUCUUCCAAGUAAUCCAAGGAUGAAUGCUGAGAACAUGAACUUUGCUGCAAGACGUCCAGAAGCUGAUCCACAGUUUAUGUUUCACCCCUAUGUACAUUGGGGUGGUGCUAUCUUGAUUUCUACAGAAACUGUUUUUGAGAAUUAGCUUGCCUUGUGUAUACAAACCUGAACUAGUUUGACCUCAAAA